AUGUAUGUGGACAAUGCGCUUCUGAAAGGCAACAGUCCAGAGAAAUUCAUAGAGAACUACGCAGCGCCAAACACCUACCUGUCAAACUGCGGCGCUGUCAACGCCAAAAUCAGAACCGCGGAUCGGGCGAAGACUCAGGAGAUAAUAGUGCUUGGAUUGAAGAUUGCUCACCCCAUUGGUUAUACCGGCGAGGUUUCCCAUCAAGGUAUACACAAACAGAAGCUAGGAUGGGACGCUUCUCUUCCAGACGAAGAGUCGCAGAGAUGGAGUGCAAUCAAAGAUGGAGUCGUGGGCUUCGAAACAACUAUUCCACGCAAAGUGAUGGACAAGAGACCCAAAGCUGAGUAUAAGCUUUCUAUUUUUGUUGAGUUCUAA